AUGGAUGCUAUUCCUUCUAAUAGACCAACAGCAUCUGAUAUCUGUAAUAAAUUGACAGUAUGGAAUACGAUAUUAAAUAAUAAUAGCACGGAAGAUAAAAAUGAAUCGACAAUAUUAAAAGCAUUCCAGUCUGCAGAUAUGAUUAUUCCAACAUUAUCAACCGAAUUGCCAAUUUGCCCUAAAGAUAAACUAACAAAUACUUCAAGACUAUCAAUCUCACUUGCAAGUUCGCUUGCAAGUGAUAUUAUUGAACUUGCCCGUUUGAAGUCUCCACUUGGAUACUUCGUGUGA